AUGAAUUCUGCUGAAGAGGAAUCUAAUAAGCAAGAAUCAGUUAAUGUCUCUCAAGAGACUAUUACAAAGGAAAAGACCACAAGAACAGAGGUCUCUUUGGCUGAUGGUGAUGCUUCUUCUUUAAAAGAUGCCGGUGUUAAUAACAUUAAAGUUUACUCCGAGCAAUACAAACAACCAGUCUAUAGAGCGAUGUUAUUCUUCUCAUUAUUCUUGGUUGCUUAUGCAUAUGGUUUAGAUGGUAACAUUCGUUACACUUUCCAAGCUUACGCCACUUCUUCUUACGCACAACAUUCUCUAUUAUCAACCGUCAACUGUAUCAAAGCUGUCAUUGCUGCUGCAGGUCAGGUUUGGUUCGCUAGAGCCUCCGAUAUUUGGGGUCGUGUUCCAUUAUUAUUUGUUGCUGUCAUGUUCUAUGUUGUCGGUACUAUCAUUGAAUCUCAAGCUACUACUGUCUCCAGGUUUGCUGCUGGUGCAUCCUUGUAUCAAUUAGGUACCACAGGUGUCAUCUUAAUUGUUGAAUUGAUUGCUGCCGAUUUCUCUAACUUGAAUUACAGAUUGUUAGCAUCCUUCAUUCCAGCUACUCCAUUCAUCAUUAACACUUGGAUUAGUGGUAAUGUUACUACUGCAGUUGGUACACGUUGGAAAUGGGGUAUUGGUAUGUGGGCUUUCAUCUUACCAUUAAGUUGUAUCCCAUUAGUGUUAUGUCAUUUCCAUAUGAGAUAUUUAGCUAAGAAGAACGCUAGUCAUAAACUAAUGCAUGAAGACACAAAGAUGCCAAAAUCUCUUCGUGAAUUUUGGGAUUACGUUGUCAUUGAGCUAUUUCUAUGGAAAUUGGAUUUCAUUGGUCUAUUGUUAGUCGCUGUUACAUUCGGUUUAAUUUUAAUUCCAUUCACUUUAGCUGGUGGUCUAAACACUGAAUGGAAAGCUGCUCAUAUUAUUGUUCCUGAAGUGUUGGGUUGGGUUGUGUCUCUACCACUAUAUAUCAUCUGGGAAGUCAAGUUUGCCAAAUAUCCAAUCACUCCAUAUUCUUUGAUCAAGGACAGAGGUAUUUACUCAGCUUUAAUUAUUGGUUUCUUAAUCGAUUUUAUCUGGUAUAUGCAAGGUGAUUAUAUGUAUACCGUUCUGAUUGUUGCUGUUCACGAAUCUGUUAAGGCUGCUACAAGGAUUACAUCAUUAUAUUCGUUUGUAUCCGUCAUUACAGGUACAAUUCUUGGGUUCUUCAUUAUUAAAUUUAAGAGAACUAAGCCAUUCAUCUUAUUCGGUUGUUGUUGUUGGUUUGUUUCCUUCGGUCUGUUGGUUCAAUUUAGAGGUAACUCGGGAGCUCAUUCUGGUAUCAUUGGUUCCUUAUGUUUAUUAGGGUUUGGUGCUGGUUUCUUUACUUACACUACACAAGCUUCUAUUCAAGCCUCCGCAAAGACCCAUCAAAAAUUGGCUGUUAUCACUGCAUUGUACUUAGCAUCCUAUAACGUUGGUGCCGCUGUCGGUGGUAGUGUCUCUGGUGCUAUUUGGACUCAGGUCUUACCAAAACAAAUUGAAAGAGGUAUCUCAAACGCUACAUUGGCCGCUGAGGCUUAUAGUUCUCCAUUCACUUUCAUCACUGUAUACACUUGGGGUACUCCAGAAAGAGAAGUUCUUGUCAAAUCAUACAGACAUGUUCAAAAGAUCCUAUGUAUUGUGGGUCUAGUGUUCUGUGUUCCAUUAAUUGGUGCCGCAUUACUCCUAAGAGAUUACAAAUUGACCGAUACCAUUGCAUUAUCUGACGUCGAAAGUGAAAAUCAAUCCGACAAUGAAAACGACGUCUCAAAUAUUGAAGAGAAAGGUAUGACAUACCUAAAUAAGGUCUUCCAUCGUAAGACAGACGAAGAAACUAACUAA